AUUCCGUCGCGUUCCAAUGGCGUCAUCGUCGGGUAUCCGGAAGCGGAAGGCGAUUGGGGAUGGGGAAGGUGCUGGGGCGAGGAGUUAGGGGCUUGGGCCCGUGACUGCGGGGUGCGGAUGGCAAGUGCCCGGGGCGGCUCCGCCUGUCUGCAGGCCGCCGGCUCCGGGGAGCGCGCCUUGGGCGAGCUGCUGCUGGAGUUCUCGAGGGCGCAGUACCGAGCCCGGGAAAGCGGGGGCGCGGCUGGCGGGAGCGGCAGCGCAGGGAGCGCUAGCAGUAACAAGGUAGAGCACAUUGAAAAAUGCUGCCUUGAAUUGUUCAGCAGGGAUUAUUGCUACAACCUGAUCCACAAUGUGAAUGGCGAAAUCUGCAGUCAUUACCCACGUCUAAUUGUCAUUUUGGAAUAUGAGAGCAGUGACCGAGAAAGGCACACAUUUGAAAGCACCAUCCAAAUUGGCAAGCUGCAAGACCUCAUCCACCGCAGUAAAAUGGCCAGAUGCAGAGGACGGUUUGUCUGCCCCGUUAUCCUCUACAAGGGAAAGCAUAUAUGCCGAUCAGCCACGCUGGCAGGAUGGGGAGAACUUUAUGGGCGCACAGGAUACAACUACAUUUUCUCAGGUGGUUCAGAUGACGCCUGGGCAGAUACGGAAGACUUGUCGGAAGAGGACUCUGCUUUCAGAAAUGCAGACUCACAACUCUUUGACAAGGUCCGAGGUCACGACAUCAAGCUCUUGCGGUAUCUGUCAGUUGCAUACAUCUGUGACUUGAUGGUGGAGAACAAAAAAGUCAAGUUUGGCCUGAAUGUGACGUCUUCUGAGAAAGUGGAUAAGGCACAGCGCUAUGCUGACUUCACCCUCCUUUCCAUCCCGUACCCAGGCUGCGAAUUUUUCAAGGAGUACAAAGAACGUGAUUACACAGCAGAAGGACUGGUUUUCAACUGGAAGCAGGACUAUGUAGAUGCUCCCCUAAGUAUCCCAGUCUCUCUUACCCAGCCACUGAGCAUUGACUGGAGUGAAUAUCAGAACUGGGACCUUGUACAGCAGACACAGAACUACCUGAAGCUUCUGAUCUCCAUUAUCAAUAGUGACGAUGAUGGUGGGCUCCUGGUUCACUGUAUAUCCGGAUGGGACAGGACACCACUUUUCAUCUCUCUACUGCGUCUCUCCCUCUGGGCUGAUGGGCUGAUCCACACAUCCCUGGAACCUGCAGAGAUUCUUUACCUGACAGUGGCUUAUGAUUGGUUCCUCUUUGGGCACAUGUUAGUGGAUCGGCUCAGCAAAGGAGAGGAAAUUUUCUUUUUCUGCUUCGAUUUUCUGAAGCACAUAACCUCUGAGGAGUUCUCUGCCGCUAAGCAGCUGAGAAGGAAGAGUCUGCCACCUGGAUUCACUCUGGAAGAAAUCUGUAUGCUAAAGCAGAGGGACCGGGGCAGCACCACCAGUCUGAGCAGUGACUUUUCUCUUGUGAUGGAGAAUUCCCCUGGAGCUGCUGGGAGUUUCACUUACGAAGCCGUGGAGUUGAUGCUAACGGGACCCCAGACCCAAGCUUCUUGGAGGAAAAAUUGUGCAUCGUCUCCCCAGUCAGUCCUGUGGAAUCGGACGCAGCAACCUGAAGAGAGACUGCCUGCGCAGGGCACGCUUGACGCGAGGUCCUCCAGCUCCUCUUCUUCCAAUCAUUCAGAAAGCUUCUCCAGGCUAGGCAGCAGUCCGCUAGAAGUCCCUAAGGCCAGAUCAGCUGACCUUUCUCUUCCCGGAUCCUCCAUCUCUACCGACUUUGGCAGCUGGCAGCUGGUUACAGGGAGUGGCAGUAUACAGGAGCAGACUGACUCCUCUUCUCUUUGCAGCUUCCCGGAUGAGCUUCCUAACAGUUCCCUGUUGGUGACCCUGACGGAGAGGGAAUCCCGGCUGGAGGAGGUGCGUUCAGCGUUCUUGGCUACUUACAACAGCACAGUGGGUCUGAAAUUGAUGUCCCCAAGCUCAUCAGGAGCCAUCGGGGGCCUUCUGGAGCAAUUUGUUCGGGGCGUAGGACUCAGAGGAAGCAAUGUCCUUUGACAUUUUGUCUGCCUGCCAUCACACUGAAAGGGUUACUGUCUAGUCCAACAGCUGAAGGAACCUCAAAGCCAUGUGACCCCAAGUGCCAGCUUCUGGUCUGUGUCAGGGCCCUUGGCUGCCACAUCAUCUUCUGUAUGGCUGCCAGACUUCCUGCUCUUCUGGUCCAUCUGACUGAUGGUGGUUGCAGUCUGUUACUUCAAGCUGGGCUGAUGUCCACUGGAAACAAGGGAUUCCCUCCCCAGUCUCUUAGGACUUGGCAAGCGCUGACAAAUCACCACAGUAAAAUGUGUCAAAACA